AAAAUAGCGAGAUAAUUUUGUUUCAAAACUAUGCUAUCGACGCCAUCUAACGAUGAUCCAAUAGACUAACAAAAAAUUGCCUUUUUUGAAAAACUUGUUGCUUGACAGUUGCUUGAGCGUCUUAUAAACAGAAAAUUAUUGGAUAGGGUAUUUCUCCUUCCCCUUGUUUCGCCAUCUACAACCCUGCUAACACGUGGCUCACCUGACAGCUGGCCUGUGUUGACCCCAAGUCGUCAUGACAACUUGAACGAUCGGCCACUUCUUCGGUACUCCACAAUGGAUUUUAACUACGUUUGAACGAACAAACCAGUCCUGUCAGUUAACAAAAUGGUAGUGGACGAUAGACGGAGAUCCUUGAUAGUAUCCACUGCUGGUCACUUCUUCGGGGUGGACCUGAAAGAUGAACAAACGAUCAGAGUCGAAGAAUCAGUGCUGGAUAACUUUUUAGACAGAUCCACGUGUAGAACACUUUGUGCUCAGCCGGCUGAUGAUAAUUUCGAAGGAACAUCAUUGAAGUUUAGCAAUGAAUUACCUUUCGGCAAGAAUACCUUGGUAUUCUUCAAGAUAGAGGAGGCGCCGGUUACAGAAAAGAAUUUUCACGACCUUGUUCAUGUGACUACAACCGGAAGUGGUAAAGGAUCAACCCUUGUAGAAGCUCUUCGACAAGUAUGGCUACCCACCCUUCGAUCUUUUGGUCUCGAUUCGUCGUAUUUAAAGAAAUUAGAAGAGAACCUACUUGGUUCGUCAACUACCGCUUCCAUUCUUGAAGAGGAGGAUUAUUGGCGAAAGAAAUGGGAAGAUGCGAAGCGAUCGCACGAUAAAACGAUUUAUGCAGAGACCGUGAAAAUCUUGAAGAGUGUCAGGGCUGAAUUAGAGAGCGCAGCGGUGACCAGAGAUGGAUUGAUCGGAGUGGAGGAUGCUGUCGAAGCAGUAUCGGGUUAUGUAGAUGAUUUAUGGAAAUUAGGAGAUGCUGUGUAUCCCGAAGAUCGUAUGAAAUCAUUUUUAGACCUUAUUGGUGAUGAAGUGGUUUCACUUGUGCAAAACACAAUCGACGAGAUUCGAGCUUCUGAUGAUCGAGCGAAGAUCGAAGCGAUAUCAAUGGGUGCAGAGAUUUGCGAAAAAUGGACAGAUAUGGCAGAAAAGUUCACGACCUUGUUUUGGCCUCAUCAUUCCCUUCAUCCUUGGAAGGGUACCGGUUACAUACCUGAAAGAUGCUCUCGGAUUGGCAAACGACUCAGACAGAUUGCCGAAUUACACGCUCAAUAUCGACAAUUAACCAGGUUGUUGACAGCCAACGAGAGAUCUGGACUCGGUACUGACAACUUGAUGCAAUAUUUCGACGAUGUUAAAGUUGUCUUCGAUGCCGACGAAAAGGGCGUCAACUGGAAUCGACUGAAGAAGAGAAUCGAGGAAGGCUUGAUACCUGCUGAGGAUCGAGUCGCACUGAAACUGAAAUCCCAAAUCGCUGAUGCUACCACACCGAAUUCGUUAUUAGCUGAAUUUCGACGUUACUUCGAGUUGAUGAAGAGGGAUGGCUUGAAACGAGCUCUUCGCGGAGAACGCGAAGCAUUGCUCUCUGCCUAUGGGGAUCUCAUAGAGAACUGCUUAGCUGGACCGGAUACAGUGAACUUGUUGGACAGUCCCAGGAUACUUCAGGAAAUUCAAGUUGCCAGGUCAGCAGAAUUGAGACUAGAAAGUCUAAAUAAAUUAGGUAAAGAAUUACUAGCGGAUCUUCCUGGAUACGACGAGAUAUCAUCGAGGGUAACAUCAGCUUUGAAAGAGGUCGAGAGAAAGAGACAAAACUUGAUCGACACUUGGACAGAGGGAACGAAAGAAGCCGUGGCAAGUAAGGAACUAACAUUGGGCACAGAUUCAGCUGUGGUGGAAUUAACUGGUACCAGCGUGAUGAGGGUGACAUACGAUCCAAGACUGAUGACCUUGAUCAGAGAAGCCAGAGCUCUAUCGAGCCAGGGCGUUGAAUUUUCUCGAGAAGUGAGGGACCUGAUCGAAAGGGCGGAAUUAUUGUCAGGACGUGCUAGGGCUCUUCAACAGGUUGCAACAUUCCACAACACAAUUGGUGAUCGCAUGGUUCCAUCUCAAAGACCCUUGAUGCUUACCACCGCACUGGAACUGGUUCGUGCUGUUCAAGAACAAUCCGGCGUUGUUUGGUCCGACCCUCAGGCUGUGGAUGCUUAUACCGCCAGAUUAAAAGAAUUGGUAAGAAAGUUUGCCCAACAAAAUUCCGAGCUAGCCGCGAAGCACAGUUUGCUACGAGAUCUGGUGUCUAAUUUGCUAAAAGGAGACACUGUUAAUUUGAUUGGAAAUUUUAACACUUGGAAAGAGACGCUGAUGAAGAUGAGAACGACCGUGGAUACUGUGGAAGCGGAAUACGGGAACACAAAAGCGUGGAAAUUGCAUUGGGACAGACAGUUGCUGAAAGCUUUAGGCGUGGCAUAUAGAGGAGCUUUACCGACUUUGCUGAAGAAGUUAACGGAAAUUAAAGUGGAGCUGACGUUUCGGGAUGGAUCCUUGCAAUGGCGGCCACCGCUCGAGGAAAUACGAGCUAAAUUGUAUUCCGCUAUUCGUCGAUCUUUGUCGAUACCCAUGAAUUUCAGAGGCGUCGGCGACCCGUCGGAAGCGCAUUUUAGCGACCUCAUUCAAAGGAGUGGUUAUCUGUUCGGUGGUGUCUACAAACAGGCUGAAAUUGCACUUUCCGCUCUGGAAACGCUUCGAAUGAAAUGGUUGUAUCUGGCGGCACAGGCUAAAAUCGAUGUUGCUGAACGGUUGAAAGGGCGAUCUCCUCAAGAAUGGACGAGAGCAUUCAAGGAUGCCAAACAAUGGGCACAGGAGGUGGGUAGAUUGCGAGGUAACGAGGUGAAAAUUUGGUGCAUCAGCGUGGACACAGCGACGACCAGGAACGAUUUAGAAUCAGCCUCUCGUCGUUAUUGGGAACGCUUAUGUUCGGACUUGAGGGUGGAAGCCUCAUCAAGAUUAGUAGCAAUCGUGGAAUUUCUUUCAUCAGCUUCGAAAGAACUCGAACGAAGACCUCGAAACGUAGAGGAAGUUGGAGUUGCUUAUGAAGCCCAUGCACGUAUCGAAGCGCAGUCUUCAGGUAUGGCUGAAGAAAUGGAGGCAAUUGUUGGUCUUUCCAUGGUCUUGGCUGCUUGGACCAGCGAGAAACUUGAAGGCGUGAAUGCAGCGUACACCGCCUGGCAGGACUUGACCGAUCGUCUAGAACGCCAUAAAACUGUGGUUAAUCGCGAACUCGAAGACGCCAAGGUGAAUCUUCGUCACAGAGCAGUGGCUGUACGAGACGAGAUCGAAAGAUGGCAAGCGAAAUGGACCUCCAAACCGGAGAUUCUGAGUUUAGAUUGGAUUAUCUCAAUGAGAGAAAGGUGGGCGAACCUGAAGGAACAACUGGAUGCCUUGAAAACCGAUUGCCAGAGGAUCGUUCUGGACAUCGACGAUAUUUUAGAGGACAACGAAGAAAGUAUAAAGAAAUUGGAGCUACAGUUGGAUCUCGAAGAAUCCAACUGUCGAUUCCAGGCGGAGUUCCUUGAAGAAUUGAAGAACCAAGAAGAAGAAGAGUGGACCGUUGCCAGAAGAAGAUUACCCAGGCUUCACGAUUGGCUUGAUUCUUGGGAAAACAGGAUAAGGGUCCAAUUAAAGGAUCAGUUGAACGAAGAAUCGACGAAUCAGAGGAAUAGUUUAGAAAUGGAUACUUUUGUUGGGAGAAAAGUGCGAGAAGUUAGAGCUGCUAUCGAAUGGCUGCAACUUCUUCGUGGCGAUGAAAUUGCUGAGGAACACUGGGGUGAAUUGAUGCCACUUUUGGAUCUGAAGAAUGUUAAGAACGCGAGGGACAUUAUGUUGGGUCACUUGUUUCGUUCCGUGGAGAAAAUUCAAGAAAAUACUGAAAAGAUAAAGGAAAUAACAAAGAGAGCCGCGGCAGAAAGUGGUAUUCGUCAGGGACUGAUGGAACUGGAAUCCUGGGAGGCAUCGGCCUACCUUCAGAUUCAGGAAACGAAAGAUAGCAGAAACGCUGGUAUCCUUCUCGUUGAAGAUUAUGGUAGCUUGUUAGCCAGAGCAGGUGAACUGAGACUCCUAUUGGAGGGAGUGAAAGGAGCAACAGGAUAUGAAAGAUUCUCGACAAGAGUAGCAAGAUGCGAAGCAGGAUUAUACGAAGUGGAAGAGAGAAUCAAAAUUUUAAGCACCGUACAAAGGAAAUGGGUUUAUCUGGAACCAGUUUACGAAGGAGGUGCUGCUCCAAAAGACACUGGAAGGUGGUCCAGGGCUAAUAAAGAAUUCAGGUACUUGAUGGGAGAAGUAUCUCGGGAUCCAAGGAUAUCUUCUUUGAGAAGGCUUCCUCUUUCAGCUUUUGCAAACUUGAAGGACCUCCUCGACCGUUGCCAGAGGAGCCUCGAUGAAUAUUUAGAGGAAAAACGAUCGUCCUAUCCGCGUCUAUACUUCCUCAGCGACGAAGACCUUCUGGAAUUAGUGUCAGCCAGUGGACGAGGCCUGGAAACUCAUUUACCGAAAUUGUAUCAAGGUGUCGGCUCGAUAAUAAAGGACGAUAAUGGAUUGACGGGCGUAGUGUCACCAGAAGGUGAAGUAUUACAGUUAUCCAAGCCCGUCGAUCUUCGGGAUCCAUUACCACGAUGGUUAAGCAAUCUUGAAGAGGCAAUGAAGAAUGCUCUUCGACAGAGUUUGGAAAAAUGUUUGGCCGACGCUACACCUGAUCCGUCUGUCUAUCCAACUCAAGUUUUGCUACUGGCUGAGAGGAUCCGUUUCACGGAACGAUGCGAGAUCGCUUUGAAGGAAGGUCGAUCGUCUUUGAAGAAUUUCGUUGAAUAUCUCGAGACACAAAGAGCCAGGUACAGAGGCUUGGAAGAUGCUGGUGACAAAUUGACGGUACUGAAAGCACGUGGCCUUCUUUUGGACGUUGUUCAUCAUCUCGAGAUAGCUAGGAGCCUUUUGAACGUUACUCUUCGAGAGGAAAGCACAGUUUGGACCUGGCAGAGACAACUAAGAAGCUACAGAACUAACAAAGGACCAGUGAUGCGUUGUGCAGCUGCUGAAUUUCCAUACCGUUUCGAAUACCAGGGUGCAGCGGUAGGUUUAGUUCAAACACCAUUGACCGAAAGGUGUUUCUUGGCUCUUACUCAAGCCAUGAAACUUGGUUUGGGUGGAAGCCCAACCGGGCCAGCUGGAACUGGAAAGACCGAGAGCGUGAAAGCACUUGGCGCUAUUCUAGGCAGGACUGUUUUAGUCUUCAACUGCGACGAAGGAAUGGAUACAGGAAGUAUGCGACGUAUCCUUGGCGGUUUAGCUCAAGCUGGUGCAUGGGGUUGUUUCGACGAGUUUAAUCGUCUCGAGGAAGAAACCCUAAGUGCUGUAGCGAUGUUGGUCAGACCUCUUCAAGAAGCUGUUCGCGAUGGUUCACCUCAAGUGAUGUUGGGCGACCAAAAAGUGAACCUCGAUCCCCAUUGUUGUAUAUUCAUCACUAUGAACCCAGCAGGCUCUGAAUACGGCGGACGUCGUAAACUUCCAGAUUCCUUGGCUCGAUUAUUUAGACCAAUCGGAAUGGCUCAUCCAGACAGAUCGGACAUAGUGAAAACACUAUUGGAGUGUGCUGGAUUUUUGGACGCUGCGACACUGGCGAAACAACUCGUGGAAACGCUCGAUGUCGCGGAGAUACUGCUUUCUAAUCAGCCGCAUUACGAUUGGGGACUUCGAGCCCUUAGAUCUGUGCUCGAUGCCAUUCCCACGAGGACCGACUUGGACGAGACUAGCAGACUAGUGGCCGCGAUUCGGGCAUCGACGUUGCCGAAAUUAACGGAGGAAGACACCCCGAAAUUUCUCUCAUUACUGAACGAUGUUUUCCCGAAAGUAAAUCCUUCGACGUCCACGUACAUCGAGAGGCAAGAUUUGCAAAAUGUGUUGCUAGAACUUUGCGGCGACCAAGAAUUUGGCAAAGAAACGGCAAACAGAUGUAUUCAAUUGAACGAUCAAUUGAAAAGCAGGACCGGGGUGGCGAUCGUUGGACCACCCGGAAGUGGUAAAACGAUCAUCAGGAAACUGCUGUGCGAUGCGUUAACGAAAAUCGGUGAAACGGUCGUUCAGUUUCAUGUCUAUCCAGGCGCUAUGCCGAAAUCGAGGCUUCUGGGUCGCGUUGAUCAUCAAACCAGGGAAUGGAAGGAAGGUCUUUUAUCCAGCGCCGUGGGAUCAGCUGGCGAUUCAACAACUUGGGUCAUCUUGAAUGGUGACGUAGAACCAGAUUGGGCUGAAGCUUUGAAUUCUGCUCUAGACGAUAAUCGAUUGCUGACUCUACCAAACGGCGUGGGCGUAAAACUUGGUUCCGGAACAAAGUUCAUCUUCGAAACCCAUAAACUGGAUGACGCGAGUCCUGCCACUGUUUCGAGAUUAGGGGUCGUCCAUUUAGGUUCUCUAAGUCCAUCCUCUUUGCUGGUAUCGUCACGAUUAGGAACACUUCCGGAAGCAGCAAAGGAACUCACGAAUUCUCACCUUUGCCUCUGCAUCGAGGAGUGUUUAAAGAUGAACGCAGACGUUUCUUCAGCUUCGGGCCUGAUGAAUUCCGCGCUUUGCCACUUGAACACCGCUCGAACUCACACUUCCGCUACUUAUGCUUUCCUCGCGUCUCUGUGCAACCAAAUAGAGGAUGAAAAUCGUAGAAACGAACUGGCGCGUUAUAUUUAUCAGUCAACAGAUUGCUGGUGUCCAGAUCCACAGAAACCAUGUUCUGUUUUGUAUAACGAAGAUAUCGAUCGGUUGGAAGCUGCAGGAGAGGCUGAUCAAUCAACAGAUACCGAGGAUGGUCCGGUUUCACUUACAGGGGCAAUGAAAGAAGCAUUGUCAUCCGUUCUACCAUGGAUCAAGAGCGAUCAACCGACAAUGAUAAGGGGUCCAGAGGGUUGCGGAAAAAGUUGUCUGAUAUCCGUGAUACUUUCCUCGAUUCGAAGCAACGAGCCAUCGACUUUGAUAAAAGGUUCCUCCCUUUACGGACCCCAGGAUCUGGUGAUGAAAUUGAAGAGAGGCUGCGUUCAAUUGAAUUCAUCCUCUCACGGAAGAACGUACAAGCCUAGGAACGGAUCGAGGGUUGUAUUAAUUCUGGAGGAUUUGCAUCUUGCAUCGAAGCAUCUGCAGGAGUUGGUACGAGAGUUGCUACAGGAAGGAGGAUUCCACGAAGAAGAUCUGGAAUUCGCCAGAGUUCCUUUGACCGUCGUAUGCACCGCUGAUGCGACCACCAGAUUGCAUCCGAGGCUAGAAGCACUUCUGUCAACUCAUUAUCUACCGUAUCCAAGUUCAAAGGACAUUGCAGCCAUUUCGGAGCUUCAUCUAAGGAAUUCCUUGAAAGGAGAUCACAUUGUGAUCGAAUCUUGGAUCGCGCAGAUGAUUCCAGUUAUGCUGGAAGCUUUUAAAUCAAUCAGAUCUUCUCAUGGAACUGCUUGGACUCCUAAGGACUUGAUUUUAUGGGUGGAUAGUCUGAAGUAUUAUCCUUCGCCAGAAAAUGAAACGUACAUCACAGAGUAUUUGUUAGAUGCUGGACGACGAUUGUUUCAUCCAAGAUUAACGUCAAGGGACCAAUCGUGCUGGGAAUCGGUGAUCCUAUCGAAGACGUUGAAAACCCUGAUGCCAGGAAGCAACGUGUACAUAUGGAAAGGCGGAAACAAUGGGUUACUUCCGUUCGACGAGGAGCAGUGGCGGAAGGAAAUAAUUAACGCUGCAGCGAGAUGUGCUAGAGAAGGUGAUCCUGUGCAACCAUCGAUUUCGUCUCACCUGUUGCACACAGUGGCCGGAUUGAGCUGGGCAUUUGGAACGAAUUUACGAGGUGUAAUUUUAAUUGGACGACCUGGAGCUGGAAGGAAAUCAGCUGUGAGACUAGUCGCUAAUUUCUCUUCUCUCCGUUUAGUAGAUUCUGGACCUGGUCGGGGUCGAGCAUCGAUGAAAAGCGCAGUUCAGGUAGCUGGAAUUGAUGGUGAGCCGACUCUGCUUUUGCUGGAGGAGCAUCAUAUGAGAGAGGAUGGAUUGGCCGUGUUGGCGAGUGCAAUUGUGUCCCGAGGCGAACUCCCAGGAUUAUUUACAGUGGAAGAACUCGACGGUUUAAUAGCGCCGUUAGCUGACGUGUCAAGACGAGAAGAUUUUUCCGGCACGUUGGAACAGUACUUGUACCAUCGUCUACGAAAUUAUCUUCGGGUAGCCAUUAUCCUGAACAAUGGAGAGAUGCGUUCGUCAUGGUUGUCGCGUUCUGGACUCCUUAAACAUUGUGCCCUUAUUGGACCAGGCCUGGGCAACGAAUGGUGGACUCGGGAAGCGUCUUUGAUUGAAUUAGCCUGCAAUCAAAAUGAAAUGGACAUCGAAGACACGGAGGAAAAAUUGGCUGGUAUCAAAGUGAUGGUGAAGGCUCAUCUUCAAGCACCGCGACAGCAACAAGCACCGGCGAGAUUCUUUGCGUUACUGCACACCUGGAAGCACUUACACGUGUCCUGGAGCGAGGAGGUGGAACGGAAAUUGAGCAACCUUGAAGCUGGAAUCGGGAAAUUGAAAGAAGCCGGAGAACAAGUGGCUAAAUUGGAGGAUGAAGUUUCAAAGCAGCGGCAGGAGUUGGAGGCAGAGCAAGGACGAGCCAACGCGGCCCUCGAGCAAAUUACAGCCACUAUGAGGGGUGCCACUGGGCAAAGAGGGGAGAUGGUCAAUCUAAAGGCUGAAACUGAACGAGAAAGUGCUGAAUUGGCGCGCAGGAAGGCUGAUAUCGAAGGUGAGUUGGGAAAAGUGGAGCCACUGGUGGAACAAGCAGCUCAAGCUGUAGCUGGGAUUAGUGCUGAUGCAUUAGCGGAAGUACGUUCUUUGAGAGCACCUCCAGCUCCGGUUAGAGAUGUCCUGGAGGGUGUUUUGCGAUUAAUGGGUAUAAAGGACACAUCCUGGAACAGCAUGAAGACCUUCCUGGCGAAACGUGGAAUUAAGGAUGAAAUUAGAACAUGGGACGCGAGGAGGAGCACAUCAUCGAGCCUGGAGGCGGUUGCCAAGUUGGUCAAGGAUCGUCCAGAUAGUUUUGAGGAGAAAACCGCGAAACGAGCCUCGGUGGCAGCCGCUCCUUUGGCAGCCUGGGUCCUCGCGAAUCUUCAGUACGGUCAAAUUGUUCAGCAAGUGGCGCCUCUGGAGAGGGAACAACGCCAACUGGCCGAACGUUUGUCAGCGGCCGAGGCUCAGAUUGGCAAACUAGCAGCUGGUUUAAAUACAGUGGAGAGUCGCGUGGCGAAGCUUCAAGAGGAACUCGCGGAGCACUCGAGGGGCGCAGCUGCACUCCAACUACGCGCUGAAGCGACAGAAGCGAGACUCGCAACAGCUAGAGCAUUGUUGCAGAAAUUGGACACUGAACACCGUGAUUGGCAAACGCAAUUAGAGGAACUGACCGGCAGAAAAGAGAAAUUAGAUGUCGAGGCUGCCAAUGUAGCAUCCUUGCUGGUUUACGAAGAUCCCGGAAAGGACGACAAAUGGAAGAAAUCGGCCAUCGAUCUUCUCAUCACCGAGAGAGAAAGAUUGCUCUGGCGAGCACAGGGCUUGCCAGUGGACACCGGAAGCCUGGUGGGUGCUUCCUGCGCACUCAGAGGUCCACUAGUUCCCAUAUUCGUAGAUCCAUCUGGAGUAGCGGUUUCCUGGCUGAGAAAUAACGUCGGUUCCAGACUGGAAAUCACGAAACCAGAGGACGCAAAGUUUCUCACUACUUUGGAAAUGGCUGUACGAUUUGGGAAGCCUCUGUUGGUGGAGGAGCUCGUGGAAUUUCCUCCGAUUUUAUUACCAUUGUUACGCCGACGUCCCCUGAGGCUCGGUGAACGAACUUUGCCCGCUCCUCAAGGCUUCAAACUUUUCCUCGCCACCAGGCGAGACAGAUUGGACGGUUUCCCGAAGGAAGUUGACGCCGUGCUAUUCAAGAUCGCUCUCGGAGCAGGUAGCAAAAGUUUGGCGGAAAGAUUCGUCGAAAAAGUAUUGUUGAAGGAGACUCCGGAGCUGGCGACGGAAAGGAAGGAAGCGUUAGAACGAGAGGAAAAAUUAUCAGGAGAACGAGACACCGCGAGAUUGGAUCUGUUGGCGCAGCUGGCUACAGCCAGAGGUCAAGAUCUUCUCCAGGAGUCUGAAGGAUCUCAAGGAGGGCUUUUGUCGUCGUUGCAGGCCACUCAAUCAAAAGCCAAAGAAAUUGCGACGGCUCUUCAGGAAAGUCGACGUAGCUUCGAAGAUGUUACCAGGAGGGCCAAGGAUCACGAGAAACUUGCUAAAUUCGCAGCUAGUUUGUACAAAACUGUGAAGGCUCUGACUGCUUUAAGUCCGUUGUACGUAUUUUCUGCCGAAGCUUUCACCGAUAUUUAUUUAGAAGCAGAAGAUUACAGAGGCUCGGUACUCUCUGAAGACAAAAGGGAACAAGAUAAAGCGAUUGAAAAACGACUAAUAAGUUUGACCCUUCAUUACUGUUCGAAAGCAGUGUACAGGAAACAUCGUUUACAGUUGGCGUUGCAGCUGGCUCUCUCUUUGAAUUCAGUUCCGGAUUCUGAAAGAAGAUUUCUAUUAGAAGAAGUUCCAUCGAACGAUGACCAAGAUUCUGAUUAUAAUGUUCCCGAUUGGAUUCCCGAAGAAAGACGCUUAUCGGUUCAAUCUCUGGUGUCGUCGUUCCCACAAAUAGCCAGCAAAAUGAAACCAGCUUGGUUAAACGAUAUCAGCAAUAUCUACGCUGAAAAUAGUCUGACCAUGUUCCAGAAAAUUUUAUUAAUAAAAACUUUACGUCCAGAUUACCUGCACACAGCUCUUUCGAAAUUAGCAGCAGAAGUAUUAGGUGUGAAGGAUUUGGUUCCACCUAAUUGGUCCCUGACGAAGAUCGCCGAACAGGAAGCUUCGUAUCCAGUAUUGUUGCUACUAUCCCCGGGAGCUGAUCCUGGCUCGGAACUCAGAUCACUAGCAAACAAUCAAGUUGCACUGGCGACAGGGUUCAUCGAGGUGUCAUUGGGUCAGGGGCAAGUUGGUCAAGCUGAACUUGCUCUGGAGACUGCUUGCCGAAAUGGUAGCUGGAUACUCCUCAGCAAUCUACACCUGGCCUUAAAUUGGUUACCACGUUUAGAGAGUCUCCUAAGAUCAGCCAUGUGUACAAUUAACAAGAAUUCCGCUACGAGAAUCUGGCUAACCACCGAGGAAUGUUUAGGUUUCUAUCCGAGUCUGGCGGGUUUAUGCUUGAAACUCGCGUACGAACCACCGGAAGGGGUGAAGAGAAACGUGAAAAGAUCGUUGCAGCAACUUCAGCAGAAGCAACGGAACAAUGAAAACGUUCCUGGCAGCGUUUUAUUGUCCUGGCUUCACGCCACUCUUCAGGAACGACGAAAGUUUGUUCCUCAAGGAUGGAUCAGGUCUUACGAGUGGAGCGAAGCGGACCUGGAGGCUGCUUACGAGUUGGUGGUGAAGGAAACGAGUCCGAAGAGGGGCAGAGACAAGGACGGUAGUUGGCAGACCGGAAAAGGGUUGCUGGAUGUGGCUGUUUAUGGCGGUCGUAUUCAGGAUGAGUAUGAUACCAGAGCUCUGUGCUCGAUUGUUCGAGAUAUUUGGUCCUCUCAGGUGUUCGAAGGUCGCCGGAAAUUGGCAGGUGUUUUAAAGGUUACCGAUGGCUCGUUCGAGGAGGCGAUUAGGGCUUUGGAGAAUCUUCCUGAUAAUGAUUCGCCUAAAGAGUGUUUUGGAUUGCCUGCUAAUGCUCAUAGAGCUUGGGAACGAGCUGCGGCUGAAGCUGUCCUGUCGCAUCUCAAAGGGGUUCUAAUCAAAGCAUCGAUUAGUGACGAGAAAAGCAACAGAAAGACUGAAUCUAGGAUUCAGAGGGAUUUGAAAGAAUUGAUAGAUCGUCAUGGCUCAAUUUUUGGAUCGUCAAUCAUCGAGGGAGAUGGGAACAAUCAGCUGCAACGUUUCUUUAUUGACGAGAUGAAGCUGACUAAAAGAACUCUGAAUCUUAUUCGAGCUGACGUUGAUUCACUGCGUUUCGAAGAUUCCAAGACUCCAAUACACUGGAUGGAAGAUUGGAAAUACGGACCCAAAGAGAUUCUACUAUUCGUUAAGGGGUUGUUGUCUAGGUACCAAACCCUCGAAUCCAUCGUGUCGAUUUCUUCAUCCGUCAUUGAUAUCUCGCGAUUGGCUAGACCACGCGCAUUUUUAACUGUUCUGAAACAACAUACCGCAAGAGAAACGGGUCAACCUUUGGAAAACCUUCGACUUAAAGUUAACUGGCUCGGAAAUCGUAGGAAUGAAGGAUCGAAGGUAUCGUUGGUCAUCGAUGGAUUAUUAAUAUCAGGUGCUUUGAUCGAGAAUGGCACCCUGAAGGAUUUGGACGCUAACGCGGCAUCCGUUGCAGCGGCACCCAGUUGCCAGAUCGCAUUUUUACCCGAAGACUACUCUGAAAAUAACACCUAUUUAGAAAAUUACAAUUCCGAAGACACCCUUAACGUUCCAGUUUACGCGAAUUCCCAAAGGGAGAUGUUGAUUUGUUCGCUUCCGGUUGAAUGUCCCAGAGAGGAGCACGAUAAUUGGUUACGUCGGGGUGUAGGAUUUCAUUUGAAAUUAAUUUAGUUUGCACUUACGUAGAGUCAGUAUUGUAUAGUUUAACAGUAAAUAAACAAAACGUUACAAUAUACGCAGGUGUUUUAUAUUUAUUAAACGAAAACGGAGCUCGCGUAGAGGGAAAUGGUGCAGCUUCGAGAAUCAGAAAUCUUUUUAUUACUUAUAAAGUAAUCGCUUGAUACAUCCUUCUAAUCAGAAGUUACUCGUACAAGUUACAUAGACUCAGAAAAUAGCGGUAAUCGAAGAAGUAAUUACAAUUACACGAUCGUUCCUGUAAUAAUGUUGGUUCGUGUCCAAGUCGAUCACCAAAUACAAACACUUGACGAGAUUCCGACCCGAUAGAAAUCUGCACACGUUGUGAACAACAUAUAUUUAAUCGUCAAGAUCACAGCCUACGUAGAUUAUAUUUGCAACUAACAAUAAAAAGGGUUGAAUCGAAGCAACCCGUAGCGUGAAAUCGUCUGAAACGAGCUUGCAGGGGUGGAAAACGAACCCGCCAAGCAGCUGUAUUUGACAAAGACAGAAAAUAGAAUAGAACAGACCACCCAACUUUCGCGGCAACGAAACGCGAACCGAAUAAGCUCGGCUUGUUACCGAUUGGAAAAUCGGUGUAUUUAGGUCGACGUUCACAAUACAUAGCUAGCGAUAACAGUGGCCCUUUUGUUUCCCAUUCGGCUGCAGUCUAAAUUACCAGUUAACCGACUUAAUGGCUAAAAUCGUAACGCGAAUCAAUUGAACGUUUCCAUGGUUCGCUAACCCGUAUUUUCAAGCUUUUCAAUACAGUUUCGAACCGAAAGAAAGGCGGUGGUCUCGUAACAAAGGCCACCGGUCGCCAACAACGUGCCGUGAACCUGGACUGAAAGAACAUGGAAGGUCCAUGAAGGCGAAGUACACGAUGGUUUUUUUCGUCGUCGACGCGACGAUUUAAGCGGAGAGGAAAGAAGUGAACGCAAAUGGACAGACGAAAAGUGAUAGCGACGCGAUCUCGGCCCGAAACGCCAUGAUUGUCGCUGAUUUAUUGCUCUAAAAACUUAAGAUGAAACUCACGGGCCGAGGCCGCGUCCCUGAGAAAGGCAAUACUGUGUUUAUUUUUCCUCUCUUGGGAAACUCUUUGCUCUCUUUCACACACAUACAGAGACGCACAGGCACACACACACACACACACACACACACGUGCUCGUACUCAACUCUCGUCGCUUUGUCUUCUUGUUCGUUUACUUAUCUAUGUUCUUUCGAACUAUGUUGAACGCUCGCAGAGAGGUGUCUACUGAAACUUUGUUCAUUUAUAAAUCAUACCGGAUUACAUUGUUUUCAAAUGUAUCCGUUUGAUAAUUAGGCUACCGGGGAUGUUUUAUUUCAGCGCAGAAGAGGGUACAGAUAUUUUAACACGUUGAUUGCAGCCGGUGGACAUUUUUAAUCUUAUUUCAUGGAAUCUAUGAUUCUUGUAACGGUGAAAUAAAAAUUAAGCAUCGUAGUUGCGAGAACCAUUAGCCAUUUAAGCGUUAAUAGAUAACAGUUACAUCUAUUUCUAAAGGGUGUACCAACAAGAAAUAAUUAAUUUUAAUUUGCCAUCUUUUCUUUCGAAGUGGUCAAAGUUUCCGCGAAUUUAACGAUCCGACUCAUUAAAGUUUAACUCAUCAGUCUUCAAACAUAUUCUUCGGUGUGAAAGUUCUUCGAGACCCUUUCUUUAAAAUCAACAAUUUAACAAUUGUUACUUUUAGAAAUAGUUCAAUGGUCUUUCAUUUAUCCAACCUACACAUCGUUUGAGCCCAUUUAAGCUGCCGCGAAUCAACCUUCUGAACAAGACCAGCUUGUCGGUAUUCUUACAAUUAGAAACUUGGAAACGUCCAUUCUUGAACUAAACAACGAUAUCACGCGUUAAACGGCAAUGUCGGAUCGCAGGGGCAUUCAAAUCACCGGAUACGAGCUUGGUUAAUCCAGUCAACGAUGCCGAACAAUACUUAUUUUAUCGUUGGAUCUGAAAUCGAGACAGGAACAGAUACAAUCGAUUUAUAAGUGUUCGCGAUUCGAUUCGGUCCUAAACUCCACUCUAAUUGAUUAUUAUCACCUAACGAUUAAUACUAUAACCGAGUGAUAGGCACACGGUCCUGUGAUCGACGACGAAGAGGAAAGAACAGAAAACAGGAUUUGUCGAUCAAACGUGUGAUCGAAGAGAAAAUUUUUUGUUCUCACCUUUCCCUCUUCCAAAAAAAUUAUUAAAAUUCAAUUUUUUCACCUUGGUUGCAAAUAAUUCUUUAAAACUUAUUUG